UAUCAAAGAAGAGUAAGAUAAAGAUUCCAUUAGUAAUUUGUUUAACUUAUAUGCAUUGGUUGUUUAAGAUUUAAGUGAUCAUUGUUAAGCAAACAACAACUUGAAAUGAGCUCAGAGGCUGAAGUUAAGAUUGUGGAGGACAGUGAAGUGUUAGGCUGGGGUAGUUCUUUACCAGUGCCUAGUGUUCAAGAAUUAGCAAGAAAUGAUUCUCAGUGUGUUCCUGAAAGGUACAUACAGGAACCCGAGGACAGACCGUUGCACUCGGUGACCACUGAAGUUCUUAAUGAAAUCCCUGUCAUAAAUUUAUCUAAGCUUGCAAAUGGAGAUGAAGAUGAAAGGAGAAAUCUUGACACAGCUUGCAAAGAGUGGGGCUUUUUUCAGGUAAUAGAUCACGGGGUAUCAGACAAGGUCUUACACGCAAUGAAAGCUGCUGUAGCAGAAUUUUUCGAGCUCCCCCUGGUAGAGAAGAAGAAGUAUUCCAUGGCAGCAAAUGAUUUCCAAGGAUAUGGGCAAGGCUAUGUUGUCUCAGAUGAGCAAAAACUUGAUUGGAAUGACCUUCUGUUCUUGAUCACUGCACCACCGAAGUAUAAGAAUAUGAAACACUGGCCGACCACUAUAACAGGCUUUAGGGAGGCAGUUGAAAAGUACUCGACAGAAUUACAGAAAGUGGGUGACGAAAUUUUUGAGAAUUUGUCAGUGCUGAUGGGAAUGGAAAGAGAGAGUCUUAAAGAUAUUCAUGGUGUGAUGAAACUCGGUGUUAGAAUGAAUUACUAUCCGGCUUGUGCGAGGCCUGAUCUUGUUCUAGGUGUGAGUCCACAUUCAGAUGCCAGCUCCUUAACUUUACUCUUGCAAGAUGAUGACAUUACUGGCCUCCAAAUUAAGAACAAGGAAAUCUGGGUACCUGUAAAGCCAAUUCCGAAUGCAUUAGUUGUGAACAUAGGCGAUGCUCUGGAGGUACUAAGUAAUGGGGCGUACAAAAGUGUAGAGCAUAGAGCUGUUACAAACCAACAAAUUCCCAGAAUAUCAGUAGCUACAUUUUUUAUACCAGAGGACGAACUGGAAAUUGGACCGUUAGAUUCAAUGGUGGACGAAGAACAUCGGCCCAGAAUGUUCAAAAGAAUCAAGUACCUUGAUUACCUGAGAUACACUCUGGGAAGAAAAAUGGAAGGAAAGAGUCACAUUGAUAUCCUCAAGUUACAGAAUAUGUAAUGUCUUGUUUUAACAGCUUACAGUCUGAGAUUUGACAUUUCCAAUGUCUAGAUCUUCAACUUUUACACUCUUGCUUACAAAAUUUUCAAAUAAAAGUCUAUCAAUUUAGCUUCA